UCCAAACAUAAUAGUAAUCCCCAAAAUAGCUUAUUAUUAUUAUUAUUUUUUAUAUGGUAACCAAAAAGCUAACUUUGUAAUUAACUCAGAUUUUGAGUCAUGAGUCAUGACCUAAUAACCCUAAUCUUUGAUUUUGUUUAAUUUAUUUUUGGUGGUGGUUGUGGUUAUGGCUAUGGGUUUUAUUUUAUUUAAUAGUAAUUUUAUAAUUAAAUACAAAAUUAUAUAUUUUGGAGAAAGGGUUUGUUUUAUUGGAAGUAAAGAAACGAUGUGGGACCCAAGCUUUGAUGCAUGCAAGCUACGUGGACAAUGAGAUGGCUUCCGAGUAUUUUUCAGACCCAAACCCAAACCCCAACCCCCACCCCAACCCCACCCAUUCAAAAAUCUUCAGACAUCAGAGAUUAGAUUCGAGAUUACUAUACUCUCUUCUCUCUCUCUCUCUUCUCUGCUUCGCCUCUCUCUCUCUUUCUCUCUCUACCCAUCCUCUCCAUUGCUUACAAGCUCAGGAAAUGAGAAAUUUGAUUAGCUGAAACCUGGGGAGGGACACCAUCGAGAGAGAGGGAAAGUGUGAAAACUCAAGAAACGCUUCCGAUUCUUGGUCACAAGUAAUGGGUUACCUUUAUUUGGGGCCAAAUUUGAUCGAGUAGUUUCGCUUUUGAUCUCACUCUUUUUCAGUCUCUCAGGUGUGCCCAAGAAGUGUUUUUUGCGGUCACCAAUUCUGUAGGAGGUUUCAUUAUUGUUCAUUGUUCUGAACAUUGAUUUGGGGGAGCAUACCUAUUCUGAUGCAAGGAACAGGGAGAAGCAUUAAUCUGUUUCCAGAAAGUGUGGAUAUUGUUGGGCAGGGGUCAGAUUCACACAGUGGUAUGAAUCAGCAGACCACUUCCAAUAGCAUGAUACCUCCUGUAGAAAGUCGGUGGUCCAGUUAUGCGACUCCUGGUGAGUUAUUUGUCAAUGCUGGUAAUAAUGAAGUACAGAACUUUGCUUCUACAAGUGAGCCUACUGGAUCUGGUCUCCGAAAUCAGAUCAAUGAUGAUGGGAUUAAGAUCGAAAAUGGUAGGUCAUCUUCUUAUGGUUCUCAACUCACAGUUGGUUCAAUGUCUGACGAAGUUCUUUUUCCUGAGACUUCUAUCAUUAGUCUUGGUAGUGAUCAGGUAAGAAAUGGGCAUUCCUUCUUGCAAGGUUCUAGCUCUAGUCAUGUCCAUCAGAACAUGAAUUUAAAUGCAGGAUUUGUUAGCAAUAGUGGUAAUGGUGAUCAGAGGUUUGAAGCUAGUUUAGGCUCAGAUCUCUACUUGUCAAGCAGACUGGAAAUGGAGCAGACAUCUAGUACUACUGUGUCAUCUGAUAUUGGUGGAACCUCAUCUGGAAACUCUGGUGGUAUUGUGGGAAAAAGUGAGAGUAGUUCAGGUACUCUCGGUAACUGGGGUUUAUCCUGUAAAAGAAAGGCUCUUGAAGGUACUUCGGGCCAGUCAUGUCCUGGCGGGAGUUCUAGCUCUUUUCCGCAAUCUGAAAAUUCUGCAUGGCAAACUGGUGUCACUCGUUAUAGUCCUUCUAGCAGUUUACGUUUAUCUGCACCGUCAUGUACUUUUCCUAGUGGCAGUACUUCAGAUCAUAGUGACUCGAGGACUGUAGUCACUUCAGGAACAAUAGCUUCUGAUUCUUUUUCUCCAAAUUUUACAGAAAUACCAGAUACUUCUCGAAGACAUUUGGGUGGUGAGUCUAAUGGUAGAUCUCGACGCGAGUCUUUACUUUUUAAUUUAGCCUCUGCAGAAAACUCCAGGCGGUUGUGUCUGCGCUCUCCUCAUCAAUCACAACACAGUUCUGCCCCAUUCAGUGCACCCUUGGACUUGAGAUCAACUGCAGCAGCAACAACCAAUUCAGGUUCCUCACAAAACCAUUCUCGCAGUGUGCAUGCCCCUUUAUUAGCAGGAAGUGGUACACAUCCUUUUCUUUGGAAUGGGGCUUCUAAUUCAAGAGCGGCAGGCAUGCCAACUUCGUUAGCACUUGGAGAAAGAGGCACAGAAGUACGAGAAGAAUCAAGCGUAUUAAACAUGCCAAGACCUAAUGUAGAGCAUCCUAUGUUUCCUUCUGCAAAUGAAAUAAGAAAUUCAGCUCAUGAUCCAACACUUUCAAGUUUGGCCUCUGGAAACAUAAGCACUUCUCUUGGUAUUCCUUCUUCUACAAGGAUUGUCUCCUCUUCCAGCAGUCCUCCAUUAUCUACUCCUGCGUGGAUCCCUCAUCACAUUCCACCAACACAAAGCCGUCAAAGAACAUUGGAAUUUGCACCUUGGUCUCUGUUUCCAUCCGUUGAUUCUCAACCUGGAGGUCGUAGUGGUCUUUCUAUCCCAUCACCUCCUGGACCGUCCUCUUCUUCACAGGACACAAUAAUGUCCUCUGGGCGUAAUAGCCAAAACCGUCACCAUUCAUUACUUAGGUCAGCAUUCAUGGGGGACAGACAAGGUGAAGAUGUUCUUAAUAUUUCUAAUUCACUGAGGGUUUUAUCUGCUGACAUUGAAGGGAGGCGUCGACUCAUAUCUGAGCAGAUUCGUCAAGUCUUGCAUGCUAUGCGACGGGGAGAAAAUUUACAAGUUGAGGAUUAUAUGCUCUUUGACCCAUUCGUAUAUCAUGGUAUGGCUGAAAUGCACGACAGGCACAGAGAUAUGCGCUUGGAUGUUGAUAACAUGUCCUAUGAGGAACUUUUGGCUCUGGAGGAACGCAUAGGAGAUGUUAGCACAGGACUGAGUGAGGAGAUAGUUUUGAAGUUAAUGAAACAGCGCAAAUAUGAACCUAUUCCAGUAGAAGCCGGACCAGAUCCCGAACCAUGCUGCAUCUGCCAGGAGGAAUACGCUGAUGGAGACGAUGUUGGAGCCCUCGACUGUGGACAUGAUUUCCAUACUGACUGCGUCAAACAAUGGCUUAUGCAGAAGAACCUGUGUCCUAUCUGUAAAACAACAGGCUUGCUAACGUGAAGGAAGGGAGAAAGCCACCCAAAGCUCUUAAUCAUAGUAUUUUAAGUUUCUCUAUAGCUACAUUUAUCAAUUGGUUCCCAAAAUAAUCUAUUUAUGAAACUUUUCACUUGAAACUUGUUGUAGUUACAUUUAUCUGCCUGGUUUCAGGAAAAGAUUAUAGUGGGGUAUGGGAAAGGAACAAAAAAAAAAAAAAUUGGUAGAAACCUUUAAAUUUGGUUAAUGGAUUUAGCAAUGUAUAAUUUUAAAUCAUGGUGACUAUAAGAAUACAUUGGAGUAAUAUUUGUGAAGUCGUUGAAAACUUCUAUUAUGAUUACUACUUAUUUGUCACUAUUGAUUGACUUUGUUACAGGAGAAUUGAAAAAGAGGAGUGCUACCCUAAA